GGACGAGGACUUCCUGUCCUUUGGAGCUGUUGUCCAGAGCUGCCAGAUCGGGAAGAAGAUUGUCAUGAUGAAUGCUGGUGACAUCGGUGCCAGAGACAGUGAAGCCUGACGAGCCAGAUGCUACAGUGUCCCUCAAAGGAAUCAAGUUCAUUGAUGUUCCUGCCCAUGCUCAGCGGGACUACGAGAUGUCUUCUUUUACAUACACAGAGGGACGGUAUAAUAUCCAGGUGACAUUCCGUAAUGAUGAGACAGGUGAGUACUUGUUCUACCUCAUUACCUUCAAAGCCACAUCUCCAGGAGUCCUAUCCACCAUCGAGCUGGUGACGCCUGUUCGCCGGGUGGACACGGCCACUGCUGAAGCAAAGAACCCCCUGACCCAGGCUGCCUGCCUCACCACUGAGUGUAAAUGCCGUGACAUCAUUGUCCAACCUCAGCGCAUUGUGCCAGGGCAGUCCAAGGUGGAUAAUGAACGCUUUGUGUUAUCUCUUUCCUCCAAGACUGACUGCCCAGACUUUAAUGUGGACAAGAGUGUCGGUGCAUUUCCAGGUUUCCCUGUGGGUUCAAAGGCCAGCGUGGAGGUCCGUUUGGAGAAGUGA